AUGAAGAUUUGGCAAACAUCAGCAAUUGAUUUCUACUUCCGGUUACUGUUCCUGGUUGCCGGACUCAAUCUCUGCAGAGCGAAAUCUCCGUCCUCGAAAUGUGACGUGAAAUACUUGGAGAAAACCACGAUACUGGACUGUCGGGACCGAGGUCACUCCCAGGUUCCUCAGGUCAAUGACAUCCUGAGACGGAAUAUUGACGUCAUCGACUUGUCGCACAACAACAUCCGGACACUUCAAGAUGGUGCAUUCGCUCGUCUUCCACCGGCCAAGUCCAUUCUUCUCGAAAACAACAAAAUCAUGGAUGUGCUACCGGGAGCCUUUGCCGGUCGGGAAAAUGUGAUUGAGACCAUCAAUCUGUCGGGAAACAAUCUGACGUGUUUUCCAGUGAAGGCUGUGUUUCAGUUGCGGACGUUGAAAAAGCUGUUUUUGAGCGGGAACAAAAUAGUUUACAAUCGCCAAGAAGACACAAUGAUUGCCGAACAUGACCGAGGGUUGUGGCUGGAGGAGUUGUCGCUCGACAACAAUCCCCUCGGAACAUUCUACGACAAUGGAUACAAAUUCGGCGUCGAUUUGAAAAUGCUGAACAUAGCCAAGACAGGUAUUCGCUCAUUGCCAUGGUUUGUGAAGGACUUGACCAAUCUGCAUUCAUUAGACAUUUCGGGAAACAGAAUUCGGAUUUCAAAGCGGAACGAAAAUGCUAUCAGCCAAUUGCAGCGGUUGAGGAUUCUGCGCAUGGGCGAUAUGAAACUGAGGCAAGUACCCAGGUUACGUUUGCAAAAUCUGAGAGAGUUCUAUUUGGACCACAACAGGAUUUUUCUGUUGCCAACGGGCGCAUUUCAGGAUCUCAACAAUUUACAAUCGCUCUCUUUGGAUAAGAAUAAAUUUCGGACUAUUUCCAAUCAUGCCUUUCUGGGCGUUGCAGACACGCUGGAAAAGGUUUCUCUGGCCGAAUGCACACUAUCCGAGUUCCCAUCGGCCCUUGCUGGCUUGGCCAAUCUCAAACGCUUAAUUCUGUCUGACAAUAGGUUAUCAGAAAUUCAGACGUCAUUGUUGAAAUAUAAACAGAAUUUAGAGGCGUUGUACCUGGACGAUAAUAGGUUCGAACAUGUGCCCUAUGGGAUAAGAACCCUAAAACAAUUAAAAGUACUAGGUUUCUCAAAUAAUGAAAUCAGUGAAAUUGAUGUGAACAUUUUCUACGAACUGGCAAAUUUAGAGUAUCUGCAUUUCCAGGGCAACCAGAUAACUUCUAUGAAUCCGGUGAUUUUCACUGGAUUGAAUGGACCAAUGAAAUUAGACAUUAUGAGCAAUCACGUGACCAACUUGGACAUGUGUUUCCUGAGCACCAAAGUGGAUCAUCUAUAUAUUCACGGGAAUCCCGUGGUUUGCGAUUGCGCCCUCUAUUGGCUGUUCAAGGGGGACAAAAUUGUUGAUGACAGUUCACGUUGUCAUGGUAACAACAAAUAUGCUGGAUAUACCUUUAAGGAAAUGAUCAGCAGAGUGGAGGAGAAUGAAUCGUGUUCCGAGUUUGACAAAGAAAUGUACUUAGGAUAUUGCUGAGGUGAUGCCAAUCACUAUUUUGAGAGAUUUUGGUAAAUCGUUUGUAAUCAUAAAGGAAUAAAAAAGAAGAAGCCGCUAAAAUACGUAACCAAUUGCUUGAGAAUCUUAAAAAGUACCGGCCGUUCGUAAUUACCGGUGGCUCAGGAAAAUAGAAAUGCAGUAUGUACGUACAGUGCUGUAGGACAGUGAUCAUUUAUACACAGUGGCUGAAACUUGGAACUUGGUACUGUUAGUAUUUGCAUAUAUGUCUACACAACGGCAAUGUACGUCAAACGCAAUUCUUAGUGAUACCUUUAUGUUUAUUUCUUUAUGCUAUGAUAUACAACAGAGUUGAAGAAUAGCUUUAUCGACGGCCGGAAUGUCGUCGCCUGGGCGAAUAUCUCCACAUGCUUGUGAAUUUAAAGCAAAAAUGUGCUCGCUUUUUUAAUAGUCUGGAUACAUGUAUUAAAUGCAACUGUAGGAAAA